AUGAGCUACUCCUAUCCGCGCAGUGACAGUGCCCAUGCUUAUCGACCGUCCCGCCGCGAUCGCUUUGCCGAGCCUACCAGUCUUCACGAGUGUCUAACCCAAGCGCUACCGUUGUGGGCCAGAACAUGGGUUACGAGUCUACGCGAAGGGAGAAUGCCUGCAGCACUCAGCGAGGCCCGAAAUGAUUACAAUGGAGCUGGACUUCAAAAGAUCUGCCGACGAUUCGUGAGUCGUGUGUUCAGUGUGCCGAUCGCCUUGAUACUCUUGUGGGUUUUGACGCUGUGGUGGGGAGAACGGACUGUUUUCCAGGAGAGUCUGGACAAGUGUGUCUGGGACAAAUGGGAGAAGUGGCCCCGGGAUGCCACACCCCAUCACGUUGUGUUUAUCGCAGACCCUCAACUUGUCGAUCCUCAUACCUACCCCGGUCGGCCAUGGCCCCUUUCAACCUUGACGGUCAAGUACACGGACCAGUAUAUGCGCCGCUCUUUUACAUCUAUCCAAAGAAAGCUAGGGCCCGACUCGGUCGUAUUCCUUGGUGACCUGUUCGACGGAGGGAGGGAGUGGGGCACAUCGUCGACGACGAGCCCUGAGAAGCGCUAUCAGCAAUACAAGGAUUCCUUCUGGAAGCAGGAAUAUCAUCGAUUCGUUAAAAUCUUCUCUGAUCGGUUUCAUGAGGGUGACGGACAUUCUACGGAGCCGCGAGGUCGACGGAUGAUUGCCAGUCUACCGGGCAAUCAUGACCUGGGCUUCGGAUCGGGUGUUCAGGUGCCCGUUCGUGACCGGUUCCAGUCAUUCUUUGGCCAAGGGAAUCGUGUCGACGUGAUUGGGAACCACACGUUUGUAUCGGUCGAUACGGUCUCAUUGAGCGCGAUGGAUCAGCCCGAUCCGCAGACAGGCAGCUCCGGUACUGGAGCAGGGGAUGGAGAGCAGCCUAAUGAGCAUAUUUGGAGGGAGGCGAAGGACUUCCUCGAUGAAGUACCUCGGCAUAUGGCCAAGGCCGAGACGGAGGAACUGCUUAUGUUGCGCAAUGAGACUCAAGCGAGCAAAGGCCGUCUCUUCAAGCACGACGCCGUGCAGGUGUUGGAAAAUGCGGUCGUCAAGGAACCGCAGUGGGAAGCUCUUGGUCUUCCGACGAUUCUCUUGACCCAUGUGCCGUUGUACCGCAGGCCGGCUACACCAUGCGGGCCUUUUAGAGAACGCUAUCCUCCCUCCUCAGAUGGGGAGCUUGAGGAGGACGAGCGAAACUCAUUGAGGCUUGGUGGAGGCUAUCAGUACCAGAAUGUUUUGACACAGACCAUUUCAAAGGAUCUGGUUUCCAAGAUUGGUUCCAAUCUGGUGCAGGUGUAUUCUGGCGACGACCAUGACUACUGCGAGAUUUCCCACCGCGAGUUCAGUGGUUCGCCUAAGGAAAUCACCGUGAAGAGUCUCAGCUGGGCAAUGGGCGUCCGUUACCCUGGCUUUUUACUCACCAGUCUCUGGAAUCCUAUUGAUCCGACAACGGGGAAGCCGAGUGAGCGCGCUUCGUCUACGAUCCAGAACCAUCUUUGCCUCCUCCCGGAUCAGCUGGGGAUUUUCAUCCACUACGGACUUCUUUUUGGAUUUACAUUUACCAUCCUUCUCAUCCGGGCAAUUGUUUUAGUGCUGUACUUCCCAAAGCCGACCUCAGCCGAUCCUGUCCUGCCUCUCUCCGAACAAGACUUGCACACCUCUUCGCCAUCGAUCAGCUCCAUUCCCCCAUCCUCCAGUACGUCCAGCUCUACACUUCCGUCACCGCGCGGUCUGGCCAGUCGCGCUGUGAACGCACCACCCCGGCCCAAACCCUACCAUGAUGCUUACCCUGGACUAGCAGAGUACGAGGCCGAGCAGAACUCCAAGUGGAGACCGCCGAGCGAUGAAUAUCGGCGGAAACACGGGGCAGGCCGUUCGACUCUUGCCAGGAUCAGAAGGGAGCUAAUUGGUUCGGUGCAGCUUGUGGCCAGCGUCGUGUUUGCAUGGUAUUUCUUUUUGAUCUGGAGGUGGUAA